UCAGCGUUUACGAUGAGAAGCACUUGCAUGAUUAGAUGUCUUGCGAUCGAUGCAGCCUCUUCUCCCAAUCAUUAAGACUGCUCUUAACAGAUUGCAGCCCCCUCCCAAACACGCACAGCCUUUUCUCCUCCUCCUCGUGCUCCUCCUUCUGUCUCACACAUUCUCUCUUUCACGAGACCAGAACAGGAAUCUUGCCUCUUUAGCACUUCUUUAGCUUUAUCUUUGAAUUCCAGCCUUUUUGGAGCGGAGCACUUUCUCUCACCUGAAGCAACAGCUCCAACCUCUUUAGGCUCAGGCUCAGAGUUUAUCUGGUUUCACCUGAGCUCCACAACAGAUAAACAGGCAGCGGCAUGAAAAAGACUAAACUGAAAUGUAAGAGGUGGUGGUGAAUUGGUGACUGACAAAGAUGGAUCUGCUAACAGUCCUCUGUCACUUCCUGCUUUUAUUUUUUGAUCUGUCUGCAGCUACAAGCCUCAUUACAGCGGAUAUAUUUGAAGCCAGAGGUCAACGUGUGUGCAAGGCAGGCAAAGGGAAGCCGUGUUACAAGCUGGCCUACUUCUCCGAGCUCCGGCGGAGGCUGAACUUUGUUGAGGCUGAGCACGCCUGCAAACGGGACGGAGGGCAGCUGCUGAGCGUGGAGUCGGUGUCCGAGCAGAAGAUCAUAGAGCAGCUCAUCACAGAGCUCCGCCCAACUGAUGGAGACUUCUGGAUCGGCCUCCGCCGUAACCAUGGAGACGACAGCAGCUCAGACUGCUCCACGCAGUACUACUGGCUGGAUGGCAGCAAGUCUACAUUUAGGAACUGGCACUGGGAUGAGCCAUCAUGCGGCUAUGAGGUGUGUGUGGUAAUGUAUCACCAACCCUCUGCACCGCCGGGUCUGGGAGGGCUCUACAUGUUCCAGUGGAACGAUGACAAUUGUGAAACCAAGAACAACUUCAUCUGCAAAUACACUGCAGAGGAGCCAGCAGACCCUUCUCCUUCUCCCAACUCCACUCAGACAGACGUCUUCCCUUCACCUGUGCUGCCGUGGGACCCAAAAGACCACAACCAGGACAGAACAGCUCUGAAUUUGGUUUACAUCAUCAUCCCCACCAUUCCCCUGAUUCUGCUGCUGCUGACAGUGACCGGAGUCUGCUGCUUCAAACUGCUUGCCAGACGAAGGAGAAAACAGCAGAAAUCAGAGGUUUGCCAGACAGACCCAGGCCUCUGCCCCAGCCCGACUCAAACUGACGUCUACAACGUCAUUCGAUCCCAGAAGGACGAUGACCUGGUCUCAGCUCGCCCUCACACCAAAAACACCUCCUUUUUAUGCUCCUCCCCCGACACGCCGACAGGUGACUACGACAAUCUGGGGGGUCGGGACACAGAGAGCGGCUUUGUGACCCUUGCCAGCACAGAGAGCUGCUUCCUAAACUAUGACCUCAAUGACCUCAGCCUUGGACGUCGUGGCACCCGCGACUUCUACGACACCAGCUUGGGUCGCUCGGGAAAGAGGGACUUGAAUGACAGCAGUCUGGGUCGCACUGGGCAAAGAGAGUUUUACGACAGGAGUCUAGGUCGUCGUACAACAAAGAGUGAGCAUUACGGCAGCAGUGUGUAUGGGGACCAUGGAUUGUAUGACGGCAGUAUCAGAGGAGGGAGUGACCUCUAUGAUCCCAAACUGAGGUCAGGAAGUCACACGGUGAAAGCUGACCUCUAUCAGACAUACAUCACCAACGGCAAGGAAGACACUUACCAAACCAGCCUCGGAACCUACGGAAACCGAAAAUCCUACCAAGCUAAUCUGGAUUCCUACAGAAAUGGUCUGAAUCUUGACGGUGGAAGGAGAUACUUCAAUGAACAAGAAUGGAUCAACAGAGAUAACUACUGAUCUCCUUUAUUGUGUGUGUACAGCAGCGGAUGUGUGUGAUGGACAGAGACGAGAGAAUGGCAAAAAAAAAAAAACUGUGCAUGUACAUGGUGGUAAUUGUAUGGUACGUUUCUGAAAAUCAGGUGAGGACCUGAUUGAAUCUCUGACUGAACUGCUGAAUGGUUGAGUUGCAUUGUGGGUUAUGUAGGCUCCAGGUUCUGACAAGAAAGAAAAAUGCUUGGAAUAAAAGAGAGGACGAUAGAAGAGGAAGUCACUGGCUCUGCUGCAUCAAUUUAGAUCCUCUCUUCUUCACCCACAGGUUUUACAGCAGCACUAUACUAAACUGGUGGAGUACACCUUUAACACAAACCCCCCUCUACAUGACAUGACCUCAAGACCUGUCUAUGGGCCUCAAUCAUUGCAGUUGAUAUUGUCCUUUUUUCUUUUACAUAAAUCACCACAAACAAAUGUGCACACAGUAAACCUGGGAGCCUUCAGAGGAAGUCCACUCUUGGGGAGAGGAGGCCCAGUAAAGAAGCCCACAGAGCACCAUCAGUUUAAACAUGUACGAUAAACUCGCUCGUGUGACUACAAGCGCCUUUGACAAUAAAAGUGUGUGUGUGUGUGUGUGUGUAGCAGCCUGUUUGCAUGGCCUCGUCAUGCCGCCUUUGCUUGGUAGGGUAACUAUGAAGGUCUUAGACCAUUAUGUUUGCUGUGCCUGGAAAUACAGUUUAAUCACACCCUUGUUUACCUAACAGGCUACCUCGAACAGAUUGAGACACAAUAAACCGACACCGCUUGAUGGAGAAAAAGACAUCUAAUACAUAUAUACAAAUAUAGAUAAUUUUUAUGUAUAGUAAUUGUGUUUUGAUAUGGCUAUAAAGUGUGAGACGUCCAGAACUUGAAAGGUGGCUCAUACAGUGAAUUCAGCUUGAGUGCCUGCAGCCUGAACACAGCAACGGCAUGAUAUUGAAGAGAAUGAUCAAAUAUAGCAUCAUCGUUAUUAUUUAUUCAGAAUGUAUAAUGCCUUGACAUCUCUCCUGUAAGUGAGAGUGGUUUGUAUGUUUGUUACAUAAGGAAAUCUUCAAAUAAAAUGAGAUUACAACUGAA